GGCGGCACUCGGCCGGCGGCGGCACGCGCAGGUAGGGCCCGGCACUGCGUUGGGCCCACGUGGCGAUGGGGGGAGGGAUGGAGCGUAGAGCUGGGCUGGGGGCAGCGCGGUCCUUCCUGGGAGGUCUCGGGGCUCUGCGUGGUUGGAGGAGGGGAUGGAGGAUACGCGGGGAGGCGGCGGGACCUCGUGGCGGGAGCCUUAAUGCUGCGGUUCGGUUCGGCCCCACGCCGGCGGGAUGCGCAGCCCCGAGCCCCGCCGUUGGAACGGGAGCGUGUCCGAUCUUUGAGCCCCAGCUGAUCCAUUGCCAGCCUCAUUCAAGAUGCCACCGGCCAUUGGAGGCCCUGUGGGAUACACUCCUCCUGAAGGAGGCUGGGGAUGGGCUGUGGUCGUCGGAGCCUUCAUCUCCAUUGGAUUUUCCUAUGCCUUCCCCAAAUCCAUCACUGUGUUCUUCAAAGAGAUUGAGGUCAUCUUCAACGCAUCUAGCAGCAAAGUCUCAUGGAUCUCCUCUAUCAUGCUGGCUGUUAUGUAUGCAGGAGGUCCCAUCAGCAGCAUCCUGGUGAACAAGUACGGCAGCCGGCCCAUCAUGAUCGUGGGUGGGUGCCUCUCGGGGUGUGGUUUGAUUGCAGCCUCUUUCUGCAACACCGUGGAGGAGCUCUACUUCUGCGUGGGGGUCGUAGGGGGCCUUGGACUUGCAUUUAACCUGAACCCUGCCUUAACCAUGAUUGGCAAGUACUUCUUCAAGAAGCGUCCCCUGGCGAAUGGACUGGCCAUGGCGGGCAGCCCUGUGUUCCUGUCGACCUUGGCACCUGUGAACCAGCUCUUCUUUGGUGUAUUUGGCUGGCGAGGGAGCUUCCUCAUCCUCGGUGGUCUCCUGCUGAACUGCUGUGUUGCUGGGUCCCUCAUGAGGCCGAUUGGUCCCAAGCCAGACCAGCUAAAAAAAGAGCCCACUAAAGAGGUGUUGCAGGAAGCUGGGAAAGCAGUGAAAAAAGGUGAUGGUGAUACGAGCACAGACCUCAUUGGUGGGAAGACAAAGAAAGAGAAGAGCACGCUUUUCCAGACCAUCAACAAGUUCUUGGACCUGUCCCUCUUCACACACAGAGGCUUCCUGCUCUAUCUCUCAGGCAAUGUGAUCAUGUUCUUUGGGCUGUUCACUCCCUUGGUCUUCCUCAGCAAUUACGCAAAGAGCAAGAAGAUUGCCAACGAGUCUGCGGCCUUCUUGCUGUCCAUCCUGGCCUUCGUAGACAUGGUAGCCAGACCUUCCAUGGGACUGGUGGCAAACACCAAGUGGAUCCGACCAAGAGUCCAGUAUUUCUUUGCCAUCUCUGUGAUUUACAAUGGGGUGUGCCACCUCUUGGCCCCCAUGUCCACCACCUACGCCGGGUUCUGCAUUUAUGCUGGUUUCUUUGGCUUUGCCUUUGGCUGGCUUAGCUCGGUGCUGUUUGAAACCCUGAUGGACCUGGUGGGAGCGCAGAGGUUCUCCAGUGCUGUUGGCCUUGUGACCAUUGUGGAGUGCUGCCCCGUGCUUCUGGGACCCCCCCUGCUCGGUAAGCUCAACGACAUGUAUGGUGACUACAAGUACACAUACUGGGCCUGUGGGAUCAUCCUCAUCGUCUCUGGGAUCUACCUCUUCAUUGGGAUGGGCAUCAACUACCGCCUGGUGGCGAAGGAGCAGAAGGCGGCGGAGGAGAAGACGAAGAAUGAAGGGAAAGAGGAGGAGACCAACAUCGACGAGGCUGAGAAACAGAAAGAAGCAAACAACGACGUGGCGACCUUGCCUCAGAAGAGCACAGAAGAUGGUGUCAAAGAGGAGGAAAGCCACAUGUGAGGGACUGGUUUUAAUCCCAGUGGGUCGGGGGGGAAGCGCCGCUGUCCUGAAGCAGUGUCUGGGGGAAUGCUCGUGUUGGGCGGCUGUGAGAAGUGUUUAAACCAGGUGUUCAUUUUUAACCAGGCUCUGAACUGUCGUUCCAUCUGUGUUCAACAAAGGUAACAGAGCUACAUGCGCAGUAUCCUCGCAUGUUUGGGGUGGGGGUGGGGAAGGGAUGACUUUUUUUUAUAUUCUGGCUUUUUAACAGUAACAUGAUUGUACUAAUAUGUGCCUUACAGCCUUCAAAUCUAGCUGAAUCUGAAUGAGCCUUAACUCUAAGCCGUGCUUUAGCUCUGUAUUCUGCUUGGGGUAUGAUGUGUGUGCGUCCGUGUGCAUCUUUGGGAGUUCUGUUGAUAAAAGCCAUAAAAAGCGGGAUACUGGGUUUGUUGGAGCACGAUAGGUGUCAGGGCUGAGCCCCAGAUGAAUCCUGCUUCACAUGCUUCUUACUGCAGGCGCUGGGCACGGGGGCAGUGGGUCUUCAGCUUCCAUGCCAGGUGCCUCCUGGCUCUGUUAGGUGGCCUUCAGGCAUGUUUUGAAAACUUUUAGCUACUGUAGUUCUCUAAAAUCUUUUUUUUUGUAGUUUGGUUCUCAUGGGAUAAACAGGUUGGAGAAGGACGGCCGCAGUUCAUGUCAGGCCGCAUCUCUUGUGUGGUCGCCCACUCUGGGCCUGAGCAGACCCUCUGGGGUGCAUCAGUCCUCCCCCAGCAAGGCAUGGCCUGGGUGCUGGGGUCUGCGCCCACGGGUGGGGAACCUGGCAUUGCUGAGGCAGAGACUCUUCUCAGUGUAAUAAGAUGUAAUAUGAAAUGUGUAUGAGUGGAGCUCAGCUGGCACCACGGCGGGGCUUGGGGCAGGUGGCAUCCCUUGGCCUCUCCACAGCAGAUCCAGGACAGGCUUCUACCUGGAGGACACCAGCCCAGCAUCCUAUCCAGCUGAGAUGAGUGGGUUUGGAUGCUUAAUGCUUCGCAGACCGAAGGGGCCGGAUGGACCAGACUGUUGUAGAUGCAUCCCUGAGACAGGCAUUCUGCUUUUCCUCUUUUAUCUCUUAGAAAAAACCUCCUUUCCUUGCUUCUGUUCAACUUAAGAUCUUAAGGUGAUGCCUUACCGCUCUCAUCUAGGACAUGUAAAGGGGAGGAAAGAAUUUGUAAGUAUUUAUUUUUUAUUUUUUAGUGUUGGACAAUAUCUCAAUGUACCUGGAACAGGUUAAUGGCUCUUAAGUUACAGUACACGUUGAUCAGAAAUCUUGUGAGAGGCUGAGUAUUUUUUCAAAUAAACUUUUUUUUUACAAUCAUCCCUUUAAUGUUUAACUCUUCUUUCACGCUGACAGCACGUUCCAGAAACGUGCCAGAGGAUGUGUAUUUUUUGGGCUGGUUCUGGGGAGACAAGUUGGGGUUAAAGCAGCAGGCUGACCGGUCAGGUAUGGUGCAGAGCAGUUCCUUAGCAGGUUCUUGUGUUGUGAGAGAAGAGGCAGCAAAGAAACGUGGUGCUUCCCUUUGAGGAUGGCUGAGCAUUGGCAUGCAGAUCUCUUCCUGCUGCAAGAAGCUCCUUGGCCUGAAACUCCUGCCUGCAGGAGACAGUGCCUUUUCCCAUGGGCCUGGCCAGGGCUGACAUGGUGCCCGACAUGGGGUGUGUAGGAGUGCAUGUGUGUGCAUGCCUGUGUACGUGUCUUACUGCUUCACUUGCAGUCUUUGCAUGUCAGGAAAACACAGCCUUGGGGAGAAACUGAGUUCCUGUCUGCUUCUCUAGCUGUACAGAGCUGCUGCUAGUAUGGUGUGCCCUGCUUGGGCUGGAAGCUGCUGUGGUUUCAGCAAGGGAUGAAGUGUGUUUUGUGCCUCUUUCAAAUUCUCUAGCUGCAAGAUGGCAACAGCCAGGUGCUCCUAUGCACUCUGUUUUUAGAGACAGCUUUCUUCUCUUUUUAGCAGGAUGCCUAUGAAAGCCAUAAGGUUCCUCUUUAUUGCCCAGUGGGGGCCACUUCUUUGUCUGCUCUGUGGACAGGGCUGUGAUGGAGGGGCUCCCACCCCAAGCCUUGCUGCAGCCUCUGGUGCUGUCUGUGCUGCUGUGGGUGUCUGCAGGCCUGGUGCUGCCAGGAGGGAACCCAGCUGCCCCCUAUCAGCCCUGUGGGGUGCCUGGUGCCCGUGGUGGCCUCACUCAGGGUGCUGACUGCUCUGCCCUGCACCUCUCCUGGCUGCAGCAGUUCUCCAUCAUUGUCAGCCAGCUCCAAAUUUCACAGGAAAAAAAAAAGGCCAGGGUAUUUCAUACUGUAGAGUAACUUUAUAAAGCCAACAGUAUUUUUGUACAAAAGGUCUUUAUUGUACUGAGCUUGUAAUACUGGAAAACCAAGUAAUUGUAUUUUUUUUGUAAGUGCUGUGUCUAUUGUAGUUACCAUAACUGGUUCCUGUUGCAAUAAACUAACCGUGAUGAGCUG